GGUGAAAGGUCAGCGCAAAGGCUGUCGGGAUACAAGAUGGCGGAGGUUCAAUAAUAUUUUUCCAGAGUUGAUUGAAAAUGUGUCAAUAAAUAUGAAUUCUCGUCAUACCCUCUGCUUUGUUUGCAGUCUUGUGGCGGUGUUAGUCUUUGCCGGUGUGGGGAGUGCACAAGCCGGUUCCCAAGUGUGCCCUGGGCUUUACUGUGGUAAAACUUUGCUGGAGAACAACACAUAUUCCCAGUGCGGGGCCUGCCCCCGUGGCUAUAUCCGUGAUGACUCGUCUGUCUGCCGACCCUGCGACGAUGCGCCGUCCUUCUACGACUGGUUGUACCUCAGCUUCAUGGUGCUGGCCUCCAUCAUCCUGCACUGGUUCUUCAUAGACUGGUUCUCCAACAGGCAGAAUAUUGUCCUGUUCUACAUGUCAGCGCUGGUGGAGUGUGUGGGAGCGGCCCUGCUGACCCUGGUUAUGGUGGAGCCCGUGGGGACCCUGAGUGUCAGGUCCUGCAGUACCCAGCGACUGUCUGAUUGGUACACCAUCCUGUAUAACCCCAGUCCUGGCUACACCUCCACCCUGCACUGCACACAGGAGGCUGUGUACCCACUGUACACCAUGGUGUUCAUGUACUACGCUGUGUCGCUGUGCCUAAUGCUGCUGUUCCGACCUCUGCUGUCCAACCGGCUGUGCAAGAACAAGGGCGCGGCCUCCAUCUACGCCGCGCUGUACUUCAUCCCCAUCCUGGUGGUGAUACAUGCUGUCGGGGCAGGACUCAUCUACUAUGCCUUCCCCUACAUCGUGAUUGUUGCUUCUGUACUGACAAAUGCUGUGUAUUUCGCCCAAAGAGACAUCCAGAACGUGCGUCAGAUCGUGAGCAGUAAGCGGAACAUCCUGAUCCUGUGCGGACACUGGAUCGUCCACGCUUUCGGCAUCAUCGCCAUCACCGGUCUGAAGGAGCCGGCGGUCCACGGGCCGCUCCUGUCCCUCACCCCCACCCCCGCCAUCUUCUACCUGCUCACGGUCAAGUUCACGGAGCCCAGCAAGUUCCAGGGGGGGCACUAGUCAAGUUCACUGAACCCAGCAAGUUCCAGGGGGGACACUAGUCAAGUUCACAGAACCAAGCAAGUUCCAGGGGGGACUCUAGUCAUUCAAACAUAAUCGUAUGACAGCAAUGUUGCAUUCUGCACAAUGUCAUAGUUUUUGGAUGGGGUAUUAAAAAUCUGGAACUGGGAAGAUUUUGCCAACGGUAACAUGUAGUUUCCAAUCCAUGCUUAUGGAAACAGUGGCCGAUCUGUUGUGUUGUCAACUACACAAUUCUCAUUGCUCUAGCUACAAUUAUACGGAUGUAAGACUUAACAGGAUUCUUGUUCUGCUCGAACUGCACAGGAUCAGUGCUGCUUACAGGGCAUGAAGCGAACAGUUACAAAGUUAUGUGCUUGUACAUAGAGUCUUUGUAACAUGUAUUGUAUGAUGAUACUGAGGUUUAACUUAGUAAUCAAAUGUUUUGCCAUCUUGUAAAUAUUUUUCUGAAUGUCUAAAUAUAAGACCUUGGAAGUGGCGAUGUAUAGUGGAUACAUGUUAGUAGUUACAUGUAGGUCCCUUGGCUUUUUCUUGUGCGACCAACCAUCUUAUCAAUGUUUUUCUGUAUUCUGUAUAGCCGGUAUAACCGCCUUUCGGAGUAACACACCUUCGAGUUAAAUGUUAAGGAUAGUACUGUACUGGCUGGCUUUCAGUACAAAUGUACUGAAAGAAAUGUGCAAUAUAUAUAUGAUAGCUAUACUGUAUAUUGUAUUACAGUUUGUAUGUACGUUUGUGGGAUAUUUGUAUUGAAAGAUCACACAUGGUGAGAGUAAUGUACAAGAAAAUAAUAGCUCCAUACACACAUGUCCAUGGUGCAAU